CCUCUCGCCUUCCAUUUUCCCACCAUCGUGCUCACACGUUCACAGGAAGACCAUGGACUCAUUACCAACACGACCUGUUAACAGUCAUGCAGAGCCACAGGCCUCGGCAGCGGCCCCAGAGCUCACUACUUCUGGAAAGCUGAAAAAGAGAUUUGUUGGCAAGGCUAGGAGGCAGCAGCAGCAAUCAGCCGAAGGCUCCGACCCAACCAUCGAAGACUCUGCCGUGGCUAUUAGAGAUUCAACAAAAAGUGCGGGAUCCAACGGUAGACCAAGAGUCGCAAACCAGGUGCCCGACGAGAUCCUGAACGAUGCCAAGCUGAAUCUUGCCAUUGAGCAACUCCCAGCCAACUACAGCUUCGAGAUUCAUAAGACAGUCUGGAGCGUACGGAAGGCAGGAGCGAAGAAAGUGGCACUGCAGUUCCCAGAGGGCUUACUGAUAUUUGCCUGUACUAUAUCGGAUAUCUUGGAAAAGUUCUGCGGCGUCGAGACUUUAGUCAUGGGAGAUGUCACUUACGGAGCAUGCUGCAUCGACGACUUCACGGCAGUGGCCUUGGGAUGUGAUUUUAUGGUUCAUUAUGGCCACAGCUGUCUCGUUCCUGUGGACGUAACGACUAUCAAGACGCUCUAUGUCUUUGUGGAUAUCGGAAUCGACGUUCAACAUUUUAUCGCAACUGUCCGCAAAAACUUUGAGCGUGGCUCCAAACUCGUCCUUGUCGGCGUAAUCCAAUUCGUACAGGCGAUUCAGUCUGCGCGCCGGGAACUCGAAAUCGACUAUGUGCUCAAUGUCCCACAGGCGAAACCGCUAUCACCAGCCGAGAUCUUGGGUUGCACAUCACCACAGUUGCCAAAGAACGAGGAUGCGUUGAUCUUUUUGGGAGAUGGACGGUUUCAUUUAGAGUCAAUCAUGAUUCAUAAUCCGGAUCUGCCGGCAUUCAGAUAUGAUCCGUACAGCAAAAAGUUCACGAGAGAGAGGUACGAUCAUGCGGAUAUGCAUUCAUUGAGAAAGCAUGCGAUCGAGACCGCCAAGAAGGCCAAGCGUUUCGGAUUAAUCUUAGGAACUCUGGGACGGCAAGGAAGCACAUCGAUCCUCGAGCACAUGGAGAUGAAGCUGAAGGAGCGCGGCUGUGACUAUACCAUCAUCCUGUUGUCUGAGAUCUUUCCAGGAAAGCUGGCCAUGUUUGAGGACAUGGAUGCAUUUAUUCAAAUUGCUUGUCCACGUCUAUCGAUCGAUUGGGGCUACGCAUUUACAAAGCCAUUGUUAACACCGUAUGAGGCCUCGGUCGUGUUCGAGUCCGUAGCCUGGCAGGAGGUCUAUCCCAUGGACUUUUACUCAAACGAUUCGCUGGGACCCUGGACAGUCAAUCAUGGAAGAAAUAUUAAGAAAAAACCAGCAAUGGGAGCAAAGACCUUGAAGUCAAAUACAAGAGUGAAAGAUGUGUCCCCUUCUGCAGAGGAACCGUCGGAGCCCGCGUCACCAGUAUCAGCAUCAAUACCAGCACCAGCUUCGUAGUCCGUAAUAAAUAUUAUGCAUCACGUGUUUUUGAAGGUGCUGGCUGACACGAACACUUGGCGCUCUCUACCCUCUGUGUGU